AGCACUGUUCGUUGCUUUUGAUUUUCAGAAUCGACUGAAAGCCAUUGCUUGUACUUUCUUGCUGGUGAGAUUUCAAAAAGUAAGAUUGUACUGUCAGUUGCGGGUCAGACUACUGUUGACUUACUUUGAAGUGAAAAUACUUUUCCCCAAGUGCAGUCGGAGGAGUGUGUAGAGGGUCUAUAUCCCCGAAAGGACGUGUUGAAGUUAACCGCCCAGCAAAACAAUAGAAGGUCAUUGUUUCGUUAUGUCGCCAAAUGACUUCAUACCCGCCGUCAUGUUGCUACUGGCAACGGCUGCUUUUAGCGUGGCAGUUCCAAUCACACCGUCGCCAAGUUCUGCAAAUAUGACGUCAACCGGCGGUGAAAGCUGCAUGGUUCGUUGGAUGCUCCAGUCCGGCGUGGAGCUGGCGAUGGCCGAGAAGUACGAAGGUGUGUUCAAGACCAUUGGAAUGACAGAAACUAAGCUAAUUGAGCUAGACACUGAUGUCCUGGCUUUCCUGAUGGGAAUGACGGCUGACCAUGCCACCAUGCUCAAGUCCUGCCUGGAUGGUACCAAUCCUGUAUGUGCUGAUGCGUUCGACCCGUGCAAAACGGAGGGAGAGUGUGCGUUCAACACUGACACUCGUUCAUACAUGUGCCAAUGCCAACCAGGCAGAACAGGACAGUAUUGCGAGAAUGAGAUAGACGAGUGUGCCAGUGAACCGUGUCAGAAUGGCGGACGGUGCAUCGACGCAUUCAACAAUUUCACGUGUGACUGCUCAGUGGGCUACGAGGGAGACGUGUGUCAACAACGUUGGCUGACACAAGAUUUGUUUAAUACUCUUAACGCUGGUUUGGCAACGGAGAAAGCAAACGUCGACGUCCUUCAGUCGCAAUUAGCUGAGGCGAACCGUAACAUCUUGGAGAACGCGAAAGAGAAUGCAAAGCUUCGGUCGCAAUUAGCUGAGGCGAACCACACAAUUCGGGACAGCGUGGAUCGCAUAAGGCAAAUUGAAGGCCCUCUAUCUUCAUUGCGGGCGUUACAACAAUGCAAUUCGGCAUCACUCGGGUUCGCCUAUACAGCACAUCGCAGACAUGUAGGUGGAAUUAAGCAAUUGGCUAGGGUCCAGGUCACCAAGAAGCAUGCAUCCACACUGCUGAGAAUCACUUACUCUACGAACAUCGCGGUCUAUGGAAGUAGAGGAGCCGCAGUGUGGUUUGCUAAAAUUGACGGUCGAGAGUGUACUCAGCCAUCACGUAUCGCUAUCAAUCACCAACGAGGGGAGGCGGAUCACGUGAAUAUUCCUGGUUAUCUGGAAGGUCUUUGCAGAGCGACAAGCUCGGGACCAAUCACACAAGGCCAUCACGUGAUCACAAUUCACACCGGAAAAUUACUUUCGUACACCCAUAACUCUAACUCGGGGUUUGGAUCACCAUCUCUUCUACAAGUCAGGGAGAUCUGUGACCAAUAAACUAUUUUCGUCGCAUAAGAGACACUAUGGAUAGUCAGAAAUAAUUUCUCCAGUGGCAUUACAUUUUAGUUAAUUAAGUUAACCUUAAUUAAGCCAACGUGCCCAAAAGGGAACAAUCGUUCAAGGCUCCAUCUCACACUCCUCAAUCGAUUUCUAUUUUAUAUCUUAGUUUUGAGCACGCUGGCAAGGUUCAAAUCUGCUUUUCGAAGAUUAGCGAAUUUGAUACUAGAGGGCGAUGGCGCUCCCACGGCGGAUGCGGGAAACUCCGCUUCCAGCAAACACCUUGAAUAUCGAUACAUUUAUCAAUUUCUUACCUUUACGUUUAUUUGUCAUAUUGUUCAGCCUGCAUCAUGCUUACGCAGUCUUUUUCCUUUGCCCACCUCUAAGCGGUCAACUCGUGGAACUACAACAAACAAUUUGUCAAUUUGCUUGUAUCAAUCCAUGGUAGGGUGCAAUACCUUUUCCUCCAGAGCAUCCCUUAUAUGGAAUGCCCUCCCUGCUCACUUGAAAGGAAGUGAGGACAUUAGAUCAUUUUCUACAGAACUUUUGCAAGCUCUAAAUGACGACAAAUUGACUAUAUCCCUGUAUUCC